CGAACAAACUCCCAUCUCUAUCUGUAAUCGGUUCCGUACUGACUCCACUAAACGCGAGUCCAGUCUAGCGCAGCAGCAGCAGCACUUCUCUUCCCCCCUUAACACACACACAUACACACACAGCUUUUGCCACCAACUCCCGCAAUCGACAACAAAUAUAAGUCAAGAUGUUCAUCUGGGACUGGUUCACCGGUGUUUUAGGAUACUUAGGUUUAUGGAAAAAAUCGGGCAAAUUAUUGUUCCUUGGCUUGGAUAAUGCUGGUAAAACCACAUUAUUGCAUAUGCUCAAAGAUGAUAAGCUGGCGCAGCAUGUGCCCACAUUGCAUCCAACAUCCGAAGAGCUGUCCAUUGGCAAUAUGCGCUUCACUACAUUCGACUUGGGUGGCCAUACUCAAGCACGUCGUGUCUGGAAGGAUUACUUCCCAGCUGUGGAUGCCAUUGUUUUCUUAAUAGACGCCUGGGAUCGUGGCCGUUUCCAGGAGAGCAAAAACGAACUGGAUUCGCUGCUCACAGAUGAGGCACUCUCCAACUGCCCCGUGCUCAUAUUGGGCAACAAAAUUGAUAAGCCCGGUGCGGCCAGUGAAGAUGAGCUGAGGAAUGUGUUUGGACUGUAUCAGUUAACAACCGGCAAGGGCAAAGUAGCACGCGCCGAAUUGCCUGGCCGUCCUUUGGAAUUGUUCAUGUGCUCCGUGUUGAAGCGACAGGGUUAUGGCGAGGGUUUCCGUUGGUUAGCGCAGUAUAUUGAUUAAGUACCAGCAAAUUUAGAAUCCAAACAACAACACACAACUGCAAAAACUUGGCUACAAAAAAACAACAAAAACAAAUAAAUAAACAGACGAUAGAACUCCCCCGCUCCAAAAAUCAUUCAAAAACCUCAAAAGUUAAGCAAAACGAAGCUGCGUGCGCAAUUUCUAAUUUAAACACAUUUACAACAAAAUAAAUAACAAGAUUUAAUAAUAAA